AUGGAACAAUACCUUAACUCAACAGGACUCAUUCAAUUUGCUUCAUAUAUCCAACAACAACGUGAUGAGGAUGUUGAGAAUACAAAGUUGAUUACAUCAUGGUUCACUGGUACAUUCGAUAACAAACAUACAGGUGACAAUGAACAGUCAUUGUACAUCUACACAGUGCCCAAGUUAGGUGAUGGCGGCACGUGCAGUCUAAAGCACGAGACUGAGACCUACAACCUCGAGUCCACCAUCGGCACACGCACAUCCACCAAGUCCAACAUCCUCUCAAGACUCUACUCAAUUACACUCAACGCACAACAGUUGACAAAGGUUGAUUGGAUUGGAAUAUACAAGGUGUACCAGGUCAAUGGUGAGAAUGCAUUGGUCAAGCUUGCGUAUCAAGGAGAGAUCAGUCGUCCUAUAUUCCCAUUGAAUGAUUAUUGGGAGACGAUAAGCAACAACUCAUUCGUUGGCAUUCAUGGCAAGGGCAGGAUCAUCCAGACGUUGGAGGGCUACGAUGGACCUUACUACAACUGCUCGGACAAGGUCAAGAGUGAGCUGUGCAUUCCAAUCUUUGAUCGCAAUGACAACACCAAGGUCAUUGGCAUUAUCGAUGCAGAGUCGUGGCGCGAGAAGCACUUUGAUGCUUCAUCCAUUCUUGCUCUUGCCAGACUUUGUCUUGAAUUGCCACAACUACUCCAAGAUGAAGCUCUAUCACUUUAA